CGGCCUGUCCCGGCCGCCGCCAUCAUGCAGAGCCAGAGCCUGACCCCGCACGUGCACUGGGCGCAGCGGCACAGCGAGCUCUACCUGCGGGUGGAGCUGAGCGACGUGCAGAGCCCCGAGAUCACCAUUACGGAUAACGUGCUUCAUUUCAAAGCCCAGGGUCAUGGUGCCAAGGGGGACAACGUAUAUGAAUUUCAGCUUGCGUUUCUAGAACCGGUCAAGCCCCAACUUGUGUACAAAGUGACUCAAAGGCAGUUGAACAUCACCGUGCAGAAAAAAGAAAGCAACUGGUGGGAAAGACUCACCAAACAGGAGCGGCGUCCGUUGUUCCUAGCGCCUGAUUUUGAUCGCUGGCUAGAUGAGUCGGAUGCUGAAAUGGAACUCAAAGCAAAGGAAGAAGAAGAGAGGAUUAACAAAAUCAGAAUUGAAUCCAGAGUCCCUAAAGACCCUUUCAGACAGCUGAAGAGAGGAUAUUUGUUCAUGUAUAAUCUUGUGCAGUUUUUGGGGUUCUCCUGGAUUUUUGUGAAUAUGACAGUUCGCCUGUUUAUCUUAGGAAAAGAUUCCUUCUAUGAUACAUUUCACACCAUUGCUGACAUGAUGUAUUUCUGUCAGACACUCGCAUUUAUAGAGAUCCUGAAUUCACUAGUAGGAAUCGUCAGGUCACCACUUAUACCUUCUUUACUCCAGGUCCUUGGAAGAAAUUUUGUCUUGUUUAUUGUCCUCGGAAAUGUGGAGGAAAUGCAAAGCAAAGCGGUGGUGUUCUUUGUAUUUUACUGCUGGAGUAUUAUCGAGCUAUUCAGGUAUCCAUUCUACAUGCUUUCCUGCAUUGAUAUAGAAUGGAAAUUACUAACUUGGAUCCGAUAUACCAUCUGGAUUCCUCUCUAUCCUUUAGGCACCUUGGCAGAAGCUGUGUCUCUGAUUCAGGCCAUUCCAAUCUUCAGUGAAACAGGGAAGUUUAGUUUCACGCUGCCAUAUCCGAUGAGCAUGACAAUCAAAUUUUCAUUCUUUCUUCAAAUCUACCUUAUAAUGUUAUUUUUAGGUGUGUUUAUAAACUUGCGUCACCUCUACAAGCAAAGGAGGCAGCACCUUGGAUCAAAAAAGAGAAAGAUGAAGUAA